AUGGCAAUCUCAACAAUUCAGGCCAUGAAGAAACUAAAAAUGAUGAAUAUUGGUGAAAAGUGGGGAAGUAUAGACUUUACAAUGGCAGCACUGAUGUUUGUUUGGACAAUACACAAAAGCUACUUCCCUUCUCAACUUCGCAACUUGAUCAAGGUCCUAAACAGGCUGACGUUUCACAAAAAGCAUCGCGAAAUCGUAACCACAGUCUAUUUGAAACAUGUUUUGGAUGAAGGUAAGGAAAUCGGUUUUAGGGAAAGGCGGCGAAAGCUAUAUACUAACUGCAAGAGUGAUAAUAAUGAAAACAGGAUGAUCAGGACCAUGUGGAGCCAUGUAAAAUUUGAGCAUCCAGCAAUAUUUGAUACUCUGGCCAUGGAACCCGACAAGAAGAAGGAGAUUAUGGAUGAUUUGAUCAAUUUCAGAACCGAUGGAG